AUGGCCAAUUUCGAUCUUCAAGAGGAAUUGCAAGGAUAUGGCAACCUUGAAACCUAUGAUAUUCACAACGAGAGGGAUAUCUCGUCUAUGCAGCCAAGAGAAGUAGACCAACUGCUCUCGAAUGCUGUCCACGAUGUCUCUGUCUCCUAUGAAGCCAUACAGAACCCUUACACUUUUGACGUCUACCGCUCCUUUCUCAAAUAUGUCGACUGUCUAUCUGAACCUCAGGUUUCCAAAUUGCUUGAUUCCAUAGUCUCUGGCUUUCAAGCCCAAAAGGAUGCCGCCAUCGCCGACACAGAUUCCGACUAUUCGGAUACCUUCGAAAGCCACAAAUUGGGCGUAGAGAAGUACGCGUUUCUCCUGAACUGGUUUAUAUCUGCAUCGGAUCGAAUCAAACCUUCGGGUGAGGGCGGAAAUGGGUCAGUAGUAACGCCAACAGGUAAAGGGAGGAAGGGUAAAGGAGGAAAGAACGCGCCGACAAGCAGGAAAGAAAGUGAAUGGGAAGAUCAAAUCCCACACAUUUUGGGGCUCAUUUCGCAGAUGCUGGAGAACUUGAAGAUCGUGAAGGUCUGGAAAACUACUCCGGAGAGAAAUGCGCUUAUCAGAUGCUUGACUGGGCCCGCAUAUCGUGUCGCAGAGAAAGAGUCGUAUAUGAAAUCCGCCGACAUCCGUUCACGCGUCUACAAAGUCAUCUGCCAUGCAGUCAAACUCCACGGACACCGUUUCGACGCACAAGCAUCCAUAAUCCAAUGCCUACAAUAUUUCGAGCACCUUGCGGAGCCUAUGGCCGAAUUAGUUUCCCAGCUGGCGACGGAGUACAACCACACACAGCUGGGAGACGGGCUCUUGAGCGACAUCGCUGAGAAGAGUUUUAGCUCGCAGGACUCGAAGGGACCGAGGGUAUUUUCGAAGUUCUUGAUCAAAUACGCGGAAGAGGCUCCAGAAGUCGUGUUCAACAAACGGGAUCUCUUGAUGGUGCAUUUAGAUUCCGAGUCAUAUCCCAUGCGUAUGGCCAUCGUGGAGAUCUUAGGUCGCCUGAUCUCCUACCUCGACAACGACACGGACCUGGACCCCAAGAUUGCCAGUGACUAUAUCGAACGCCUUCUCAUCAAACUCCUAGAGCGACAGCUUGAUAUAUCUUCGUACGUCCGGGUUAAAGUUUUCAACACAUUGCACAGACUUUGCGAUAUCACACCGGAGAGGCGACCGGUCCUUGCAGUAGCCGACGCUGCUCUAGAUGCUCUAAGCGACAAGGUAGCGAGCGUACGCAGGAGCGCGAUCGCAUUACUGUCGAGACUGAUAGAGGAGCAUCCCUAUUGGCAAGUUUUCCACGGACAGAAGGAGGACGUGAAACUGGACCUGAGUUUGUGGGAGGGAUCCUAUGAUCAUCUCAAACAGAAACGCGAAGCCAUCGAACGGGAAGUCCAGAGGUUGAUGACUGCGUCCGACGGGCAAGAUGAGGAUCACGAUGGAUCACAAGGUGGUCAGAGUGACUCCGAGCAGGCCAGACGGCUCAACAUGUCGAAUGGCGAUGCAGAUGCGAUGGAUGUCGAUGACGAGCAAGAAGACCCAGGCAAGACCCCAUCGUCGAAGAAAGCGGACGAUCCACAAGCGCGACAACCCGCAGGUAAUCCAGCUGGCCAUGACAGAGAAGCCGCUCUUGGUCUGUUCGCAAGUGACAGGUUUAAAGCCCUUGUUUUCUCGGCGAAACUCUGCGGAGAAGCAGUAGCUUUUAUAAAGAAAAUCGAUAUGAAAAUGGGUGAUAUCGCGCUCCUGCUGGGGUCAACCCAUAAAGCGGAGGUUUUGGAAAGUAUAGAGUUCUUUCGUAUUGCUCAGUACUAUGGUCUGGCUCGUGCGAAGAUCGGUAUCAAGAAGAUGGUUCAUCUCAUCUGGUCAAAGGAUAACAACUCAACCUCCGAGGAUGGAUUGGAACUCAAGGGCGUUCGUUCCAAACUGCUCGAAUCAUAUCGGGAGAUAUUGACCAAGAAUGCAUCGUUGGCAGAGUUGACGAGUUUGGAGGAAAUGAUGCGGAUCAUGAUGGAGGACGAUCAGAUACACGAUGACAUCGUGGCAGAAUUAUGGAGACUGUACCGCGACCGCAACACCGAUAAAUCUGUUCGACGAGGCGCCAUCAUUAUUUUGGGGAUGCUUGCUCUUGCUCGGCGAGAGAUUGUAACGAACAAGGUUGAUGCACUAAUCAGGAUAGGGUUAGGUCCACUUGGAAAGGCAGACCUCAUUCUCGCUAAAUAUACUUGCGUCGCUCUUCAGCGUAUGAAUGGUAGCGCGAAGAAAGUCAAAGGCUCUUUAUUUGACAAGAAUGUGCGCUACGACAUGAACAACAUCAUCUUCCGCAACCUACAAGACGCCAUCGAACACCCGUGCCAUUCGAUCGACUGGUUCGGUAUGACCGAACAAGCCAUUAACACUAUCUACGCUCUCGGCGAUCACCCUGACAUCCUCUGCAACAAUAUCAUCAAAAAUCUCACCAGAAGAGCCUUCGCGAGGAACCCCAAUGCUGGAUCUCAGUCGCAACAGUCGAGAGCUGAGGACGCGAUGGACGUGGACGCUCCUGGACCUUCGCAAACAAUCCCGAAUGGGUUCGCGUCGACCCAACCUGAGUCGCAAGCGGGUACUAGUCAUAGCGGUGAUGUUGGCGAUGCAUUCGAACUGAGCCAAAUGAUUUUCGUCGUUGGGCACGUUGCUAUCAAACAUGUCGUCUAUCUAGAGUUGGUGGAGAGGGAUUGGAAGAGGCAGAAAAAUGAACACGAAGCAGCGGAGAAGGCCAAAGCCGCUGGCACCUCUCAGAAGGACGGCGAUGAUCUCGAGGCGGUUGUUGGAAAUGCCGAGGACGAGAUUGGCGAUAGGAUCGCUGCUGUGAGGGAGACCGAAUUGCUCUACGGCCCUGAUUCCUUGCUCGCCGUUUACGGUGACAUGGUUGCUGAAAUCGUCGGCCGCGGUCGUUUCGUCAAGUACCAAACACUUCACACGGCGGCAAUUCUGACAUUGAGCAAGUUCCUUUGCAUCAGCUCCCGAUACUGUGAUCAGUACCACCAUUUGCUUUUCAAGAAACUCAAACUCUCCGAAGAUCCCACUAUUUGUAGCAACAUCGUUAUCGCCCUCGGCGAUGUCGCUGUCUCGUUCAGCACCAUCAUCGACGAGAACAGCAACGAGUUGUAUAGGGGUCUGUCCAACAGGAGCCUCAUCGUCAGGAAAAACACAUUGAUGGUAUUAACGCACCUGAUCCUCAACGGCAUGAUUAAGGUCAAGGGGCAGUUGGGCGAGAUGGCAAAGUGUCUUGAAGAUGAUGACCCUAGGAUCUCCGACCUGGCAAAGUUGUUCUUUACGGAGCUAUCGACGAAGGACAAUGCAAUAUACAAUAACUUACCGGACGUCAUCAGUCAUCUCUCUGUGGGAGACAAUGCUCUAGGCGAGGAGGCGUUCCAGGGCACGAUGAAGUACAUUUUCUCCUUCAUCGAAAAGGAGAGACAAGCCGAGAAUAUCGUCGAAAGGUUAUGCCAACGGUUUCACUUGUCGGAAGACCCUCGGCAGUGGCGCGAUAUAGCUUUCUGCCUUUCGCUCCUACCGUUCAAAUCGGAGCGGUCCGUCAAGAAGCUCAUCGAAGGCCUUCAAUUCUACAGGGACAAACUGCAUGAAGAGACGGUCUAUUCCCGCUUCCAGGAAAUUCUUGUCAAGGCACGCGCGAACAAGUCCGCAAACAAACCGGACACGCAGCUGAAUGAGUUCGAGAAUAUCCUGAAGGAACACAAGCUACAGGGCGAAGAAGACCAGGAGCUCGAGAAGCGAGUGGCAGGAAAGAAAGCUAAGAGACGUUCAAGGAAAUCGUCGAAAAGGAAAGUGAAACCCGUCAAAUACGAGCAAGAAGAGGACGGAGAAAAAGACUAG